AUGUCAUUGCUCGACUACCGCAUCGGCCUGGCCGGAGGAGAUUUGCACCUGCUUGAAGCCCGUCAAGCUCCAACGAGCUGCAACCUCGCCGCCGGCGACCUUUACCAAUACCCCAACGCGACCUCCACUGUCGACGCUUCCCAACCCGUCACAUUCAAGUGGAACACCGCCUGCUCUGGCAUCUCGUCCACGGUCGACCUCUACCUCUACUCUUCCGGCUCCACCGGUCUCAUUCAGGCCUUCCGCGGUCUGAGUUACGCUCAAGGUUCUUACACUGCCACCCUCCUGCCUAAAUGGUGGAACUCGACCACUACCGCCCACCUUCAGGUCAACUUGGUCAACUCGGGCGGCAUGUCUUGGGCUACCACCGGCCCUGCCGGUCCCGUCUGGCAGGUCACGUACCCCGAGUCGGCCAUGUUCCAGACAGUCACCGACCAAGGCGGGGCGGUAAAGACUUCGACUGCUGCCGUCGCCGCGGCUACCAAUUCGGGCGACGCCAUCAUCCAGAACGUCACCAAUACCGAAAAGCCCGGACUCGCCAAGGGCGCUAUCGCUGCGGCGGUCAUUGUUCCCCUCAUCGCGCUCGCCGCCCUCGCAGCCGUUGCGGUCCGGUUCUGGAGGCAAAGGGAGGCGGAGAAGCGGCGCAGGUGGUCCCAGGCUUUGUCGCAUCACUCGGCGAUGGAGUGGGAGAAGGGAGCAAGGACGGGCGAGAAGACGCAAUCUAUCCUCGGCCGACCCUCGCUGUCGACGUACAUGCGCGGCGGUGCUGGGGACGGAGGCGGACGGGCCAGCAUGGCGACCUCGAGCGUCUACGCGGUGGAGAACAACAUGGCUGGCGCGGGAGCGGCCGGUCUCGUCCGACCCAACAUGUCUGGUCUUCGCUCCGUCUCGGCCGACAACGUCAACGGGUCCAACACUAGCGUCCGCUCAUCGGUCGUCAUGCCCAACGGUGACGUCCGUCAAUCCCGCAUCUCCUUCGCCGAGUCUGCCCGCCCCGACCGCCGCUCGCGCAUGUCAUUCGGUGGCGAUAUCCGCGCCCCCAACGCAGCCGUCUUCAAGCUCCCUGCUGGCUCUCGCUCCGCCACCGAGCUGGUCACUCCCCGCGGCAAAGCAUCGGGCUCGGCUAUUGUCAGCGAUGACGAGGAUGACUUGAACAUCUCCCCCACGCAGCGUGAUGGACCGUCUCGACCGCCCAAGGUGGCUGGCGGAAUCCGUACUGGCGCGAGGAGAAGCGUGAUGAGUCUGGUCGGCGGUGGGGACAAGCGAAGGGAGAGUACGGCGUCGGCUUUGAGCCAGCAGGACUUUAGGAGCGCGGUCGACGCUGGCGGAUCGGUAGAUGAGCUGCGUGACCUUGAGGCCAUGAUGCUCUCCCGCCGCUCCGUCAUCUCGCAAUACUCUGCCAACCGGGCCUCGUCCUAUGUCGAGUCUGGCUCCCCCGCUCUCGGCUACGGUCACAACGUUCAAAGCCAAUACUCGGAUGCCGCCAGCCCCGUCAUUCCCCAACACCCUGAUGACAAUGACCGCGUUGAGGACCUCUCUCACUCUGAGAGCUCGCAAAGCAUGUCCAACGGCUCCUACUUCAAACCCCUCCCUUCGGCCGCUUCCACUUCCACCGUCGCCUACGGCCCGGAUCACAUGCUCGCUGUCUACGCCGCCCGUGCUGCUGCCGCCAAGAGCCCACCAGGGUCCGCUGGCUCAGGCAUGAACGUCCCCGCUGCCCCCUUCGGCGCUGGCUCGGCCACCGGCUCGACCGGCAAGAAGGGCGGUAUGAAGAUCCUAACCAGCUUUGGCAGGAAGGAGUCCGAGUCGGCCGGCGGAUACGCGGAUGUCCAGCGCGAAUCAGGCGCACACAGCCCGACAACCGCUCCUAGCCCAAACCUCAGGGUCCCGCCAGUCGUCAUGACGCGCCAGCGGAGCGGAACUGUCGGUCGCGGUGGUCAGCCCAACACGCAAGGCGGUGAUGAUGUCGGACAUGCGCAAUAG